GGAGUUCUCGAUCAAAUUUAUCGACCGAUAUCAUAGAUUAUCGGGCAGCAGCAUUUGCAGCAGCAUAAAAGUAUUACAGUAAAAUAGUUUUGUUUUUAUAUAAAUGACGCGGUAGUCGUGGCUUUUAGAGCCUACCAGGAAAACAGCAAGAUGUGGGGCGGCAUUGCGCUGCUCCUACUCCUGGCGGCAAGUGCCCAUACAUCACCAAGCAAUGAACAUGUUCCUCCUCUACCUCUAAGCAUACGCAAAAACGCAACCAUAACAAAUGAAACCAUAACUAGCAAUAAUUACAAAGUGCCUACGUCCAAUGCUGCUGUCGGCUAUAUGCCGCUCCAGCAGACUCCAGCAAGUGUUUUCUUCGUCAACUACAAUCAGCAGAACGUUGUGCAGCUAAGGCACAAUGUGGAGAACAAGUUACAUAGUAUACGUAAUGUUGAGAUGCUCGUAACCAAAAUACAAGAAAUCUUUGACUCUAUUCAUUUUGCGAGUUCUGUUACCACGCGGCUGUCGUCUGGCAACGACAAUGAAACCGUGCAGCAGGAUCUGCAAGCAUUUAGCCAGCGUCUGGGACGAAAGCUGCAGAGAGCAACACAUGUUGUACUUGAACUGCGGGACUUAUUACGCUUCAAUCUUAGUAAAGUGCUACUCCAGCAGCACAGCUAUGACGACGACGGCGAUGAUGAGCAACAAAGCGAAUUUGACUUUGAAGUGGAGGAGGAAGAGAGUAAGAAUACGGCGGCUAACAAUGAUCAUAUGCAUCUCUAUCUAAAUACGCAAAUUGAGAAAUGUCAACCAUACUACGAGUCGAAUGUGGACGCCGUAUCCUUGGCCUCGGCUCAUUAUAAUAAACAGCAAAUACAAAUCUUAAAUUAUCUCAAAUCGGAUGAAGUAUCGCGCGCCACAUUCCUGAAUGAAAACAAUGGACGAUCGCUAGCAGCCAAUAGCUAUAUUGCCGAUCAGCUAGCGAUAUUGCGGCAGCUCUUGAGCACUAAUCCUAGUGACAACGAGGCAAACAGCAGCAAGAACAAACACAAAAAUAAAGCUAGCAGCACCAGCAGCAGCAGCUUCAGCCACUUCAAGCACAUUUAUUUCCUCUCCAGCAGUGAUGGGGCUUUAGGCACUGCAUAUUUUCGCCGUCUAUACGUUUCCGCCAUCAAACGAAAGUUUGUGAUGCUGCUCAUAGAUGUGGGAUCUGCAUUGAAUGCGGAGCUCUUUGAAAUAACCAAAAGCUUUGUUCAAGAGUUGCUGCUACUAUUGGAGGACACCGACUAUGUAUCUCUGGUGACUAUAUCAAGCGAGGCGGAUUUUAUGUAUCUGGAUGCCUUUCCUGGCGACGCUGUUCACGGCAUAUAUAGCGCAACACGAGCACACAAGGAUGAGAUUCUUAGCUACGUGAAUAAUCUGAGCUUGGGUCGUGGCAUGAUCAAUCACACAUUGGGCUUUGAAUAUGCCUUCGAAAUGCUGCAUCGACUGCAGCAAGCACAACUGGUAAAUGUUUCAGAGCAACCCAUUGAGUUUGUCUAUGUGACGCGUGGACUGCUUACAAAUCUGUCGGAUGCCAUGCAUGUGUUGCGUGUGCUGGCCCAGGGCCAGAGUCGUCUGCCAUCGCCGGUUAUCAUCAACACAUGCGCCGUAGUACUCGAUGAGAAGCGCAUAAUGUAUGAGAAACAAUUCCUCAGUGAUGUGGCCACGCAGAACUAUACGAAGUUCGAUAUUGAUGUGAGUGCAUGGCUGCCCGCUGGCCAGGAGGCGCAAUUGGCAGGCCGAUUCUUUGUGCUUAACAAGAUGCAUGCGGAAACAAUACCUCGAGCGAGCAGCCGUGUCUUUGGACAGCUUUUCUCAGAGCGUUUCCUCAUAGACUCACUGGAAGUACAUCAGCCCGUUGUGGAUGCCGAGAGUGGAGAUGUUCUGGUUGCUAUUACACAUGCCGUUCCGCCAUAUGGUGUUGUGGGCGUGAAUUUGUACUUGGCUGAUUUGCUGGAGGACUUGCUUAACUAUCCGAAUGCUUCGCCUGCUGCCAAGCAGGGCUUCAGCUAUGCCUUUCUGCUGGAUCGGGACACUGGAAAUACUUUAGCCCAUCCGGCUUUCCCUCGGCCUCUCAUCCAGCGUGAAACAGCAUAUCCAGUUAAUAUAGCUUACCUUGAGAAUGCCACAGAUUUUUCCAGCGUUCUGCACCGUCUGCUGCACGAAGAGCACGGCAAUGCCAGCAGUGUCAUAUAUUUGGGUCGCCAACAGUUGCUGCGCACCUAUCACUGGCAAUCCGUGCUGGGCAUUUAUUUACUCUGUCUAGUGAGCACUUCCAGCAUCAGCGGCACUGCCGCUCAUAAUACAUCCGCUCCACAGCAGCGUUACAAUCGAUUGGAUGCUGUGUCUAGUUAUGAGUAUGGGUACUACGCCGACAGCAUGGAUAUAUUGUACCACCGCUUGGAUUUGUUGCAAAAUGUUGGCACUGGAGCGCCCACAAACUGCCGCUACUUCAGGCAGCUGGCCACAAUGGAUGCGCCUACUCUUUUCCUAAGUGCUGCUGCCUUUAAUUCGCCCUUUGCCUUUCUGCAUAACAAUCGACCUCGCACGCAGUUGCGUCAGGUGGAAUCCAUUAUGGCUUAUUUGCGUGAUUCGCGGGGUUUGUUUGCCAAUCCCGGUCUACGUCCUCGCAUACGACACGAGGUGGUCGUUUUAUACCAGGCCAUGCAACAGCUACGGCGUCGGCAUCAGGAUUCGGGUGGAUCGUUGCAUGGUCAUAUUAUCCGACGUUAUAUAGCCAGUGUCAGUGGCGUGUUGCAGCUGUAUCCAGGUUGUCUGUUAAGCAGCAGCUAUGAUGCAACCAGGCGACCUUGGUUCCGGCAGGCCAUGGCCCAGCCGGGCCGUAUCGUCAGCACAGCACCGUAUCUAGAUGCUGGCGGAGCAGGCUAUAUCGUGACUAUAGCGCAUACAAUUUUUGAGGGUAAAGCGGAUGCAUUACAUUCGGCACAGCAGGAUCGACCUGUGGCUGUGGUCGCGUUGGAUGUACCCUACGCCUUUUACUAUCGCCUUAUAUUGGACAGCACCCCGCUGUGCCAACAGCCACAUAUGAAGUGCCUGCUGUUCGAGCAUGAAGGCUAUUUGCUGGCGCAUCCUAGCAUGCUGCAGGUGUCCACACACACACGUAAUCAACGCCGCCCUCACGAGCAUCUGACGCACAAGGAAUCAUAUCUUGCCAACGAUAUGCUAAAUCAUGGCCAGCUGGUGCGCAAACUGGGAUGUGGCAGCUAUCAGAAUCGUACGCUGCAACGCUACUACGCGUUCAACACAUCCUUGGCCACAAUUCUAAGCAAUGUGGUGCAUGGCGAGCGCACGAAAUAUGCCAUCGCCUUGAUACGUGGCAGCAAUCUGUUCGCGGCGGUGCUCAACUCAAGUUGCGAUGGCGGUGCAUUCUGUCCAUGCAGCACAAUCGAUCGGGUUUGUCUCAACUGCAAGCGCAUGGAUCAAACGGACUGCGAGUGUCCCUGCGAAUGUCCCAUGCUGGCAAGCGCUGGUGCCAACGACCUGGAUGACUAUACGAAUUAUACGAGGCAAUUUCCCUAUUGUGCACCACCGAGCGAGCAUUUCCUUGCACUGCCACCCACCACGCAGCUGUUAAGCUUGUUGCCAAGCUGUGCCGCUGUUGGUGGCGGAGGUGGUUGUGAGACGUAUACCAGCCAGCGAGAAUGCCUCGGCAUGAUGGGCUGCGAAUGGUGUCAACAGGACGUAGAGGGGAAUACCUUCGCCACGCCCUUCUGCUCCUCCCAAGCGGGCUGCUUUAAUGGUGUGCUUGCAUCGCUGACACCGUAUGGUGAAUUGGAUGAGCUGGAGAUGUUGGCUGCACACAAUCCACAGCGGGAACAACAUGCGUACUCCGCCUUUGGACCGCUUGGUGGCGCUAUCGUUGUGCUGGCCAUAGUAAUAGGCUUUGCCAUUUAUUGCUAUAGGCACAAUCUGGAUACACAGGCACUGGAGCAGUUCUACGUGGACUCAGUGCAGGAGGAGAAUUACGGUCUGCCUCUGUCCCGCUUCAAUUUUGACGAUUGCCAGGCGCAUGAUGAGCCGCCCACGGGCGGAUAUGAUCAUGCUGCUGCCCAGCGUCAGCUAAUGCAUGCCGCUGACAUAUCGCCGUAUCACAUGUCGAGUGGCAGCAGCUACUAUCGGCGACCGCCGAAUGGUGAAUCGGAUCAUGGCUAUAGCACCAUGACCCCGCAUGAGGAUAGCUCCGAUCAGCAGUGCUUUACAUUGGCGGAGCCGCUGCUGCUGCACGACAAGCGGCACAGCAAAUCGGACACCAUGUCCAUAUCAACAUCCAUAUCGAGUCCCACAAAUCGCCAACAGUCCAAUACGCAUCCGUAUUUGAGCAAUCAGCCCGCCACCAAGACGGAGCGCUAUAAGCAGCAGCAGCAAGCGACACCAUCGCCAUGUCGCGGCACAACGUCUGUGUAUGGUCAGACCACUCUGCCGCUGGACGCAGAGGAGCCACGUUCCCACUAUAUACUGGCGCCGGUGACUGUGCACCGGCACAUGGAGACGGCUGAGUCGUAGUCGAGUCGCAGCUAGUUCGUUAGGUUGCAAUUAACUUUUAAGGAGUCCGCUUGUUUGCCAAUUUGGUUAUUUUGUGGGUUAGUCCAACUGGCCGCCAAUCAGAAUCAGAUGUCGAAAACCAAUUCAAACUCUACAAAAUGCCAGCCAAUUUAAUAUUUAAGUCGUUUAUAUUGUUAACUACUUUGCCAUCUUUGUCCAGGUACCCGAUUUACAUGCGUGUACUGUAAUUUAUAGCAAAAAGUAUUAUUAUGCAGCUACUUCCAAUAUUUUAAGCAUUUACAUAUAUA